AUGUCGCAACCAGGGUGGAUGGAGGCUCUUGGACCUGGGCCUGGCCUUGGCAGCACGGCCCGUUGCGCCACUUUUUGGGUCGAUCUUGUGGCCACAAACGAUGCCCACCCAUCUCAUUCUCAGAAGUUUGUGCCGCGGAGAACGGUAGGGCAGGCGCUUGGAUGGAGCAAGGUAAGGGGUUGGUCAAACCUCUCUGACCGUGGCCCUAGUGUCUUGACUCUUCACACGGGACUAAGACCUCUACUACGAUGUUGUGCGACAAGUCAGGGUGGGAAGGGCAAUUCGAUGACAUGUAGGCUGAAAAGUCGAAGUUGA